AUGGCGCUGGCGGUGCCUCAGGAGGCCAUCACAGACGUCCAGUUUCGCCUUGGCAGCCUCUACGUGACCUUCCACGUCACCCACGAUGAAGACAUCAGCCAAGAGGAGAUGGCCCACCGAAUUGAAGAGUACCCGUUCCGUGAGAUGUGGCGCCUUUACAACCAGCGCGACGGCGCCCCGGACGGCUUGGAUGCUGCCCUGCAGCGCCUCAAGGAUCUCGAGAUGGAGCUCAAGGAUAAAAAUCGCGAGUUGGAUAAGGAGCGCGGUGACAAGGAGCAGAAGGUGAACGAACUCAAGAAGCAGCUGCAGGCCCUUCAAGAGGAGCUCGCCGGCCCCGUGGCUGAGCGCGAGCAGAGCCUGCUUCAGCAGCUGGGUAAAGAGCAGGGUGCUCGCAAAAAGGCGGAAACCCAGCUCAAGGUCGUUGAUGACGAGAGAAAGAAGUUGCUGGAGGCCGUGAAGCAGGAGAAGCUGCGCACGGAGAAGAGCGCGCAGCGCCACAACGACCUCAUCGCUGCUAUCAUCCAGGAAAACAAGAAGGAAAAGGAGGCGAAGGAACGUGAGCACAAUGAGCAGAUGGAGGUAAAAGACUACAUUAUUGAGAACCUCAAGUCUCAGCUGCGCACCCGCACGAACGGCAGCGCGUCUCCGCGCAAUAGCAUUAUCGACUUUGAUCAGACCGAGGAGUUCAACAGGCUGAUGGAGCGCAUGGAGGACAUGGCAGCAGUGCUACAACGCACGCAGGAGUCGGAGAACCAGGCUCGCGCGCAGAUCCAGCGGCUGUCUGAUCUGCUCAAGGAGUCGGAAGAGGCGCGCCAGGCGGAGUCGGUGUCGUACGACAACAACGUGGCUGCUCUCACUCAGCAGAUCCACUCGUACCGCGACACAAAGAUUGCUGAGGACCACGAACGCCGUGCUAAAGAAGACCGCCAGCGCGGACGUGGAUCGGUGAGCGAGGCUUUGAAGGAGAACGCGACGAUCGUGCGUCAGUACACCACCAGCCUUGAGAACCUCAUCGUCUCCCUGCAGGAUCGCCUGCACGCUAUCAGCGAGGAGUACAACAACUACUUGACAGAGGCGGAAGCGGGCGUUUCGCAUGAGCGUCAGAUUCUUGCUGAACAAGACGAGGAUAGCAAGAAGACCCGCCAGACCUUCCGCUCCAGCUCGAUUGCGCUGCAGAAGAUCUACUGGGGCUCUCGCGAGCCGGAGGCGCAGGAGAUCAUCCAGAACCUUGACGCCGCCGCCUCCAACGCCGAGAAGUCGAGUGCGGCGGUGCGCGUGGUGAUUGCGAUGCUGGAUUCGAAGGCGCGAGCUUUUGGUGAUCAUCGGAAUUGGAUGGAGCAACAGCAGAGGAUGAUGCGCGAGCUCUUAACCUCGCUGCGUGACCUGAACCAGCGAGCCUUUGACCGGCAGCGCGCACUGAUGGACGAGAGGGUGUCCAAGGCGUAG